ACUCGAAUGGCGGAUAUAAAUGAGACACGUUCACACGAUGCUGUCAAAUCGUUCGGAAAUUCUCGUUGCACGUCUUAUCGCUCGAUUUCCACGCUUGUUGGUGUGCUCGAGUUUCUCCGAUUUUUGUAACUCUUUACUUUGCUAAUGGAUUGCGCUCUCGAGAAUGUUCUCGCAAAGAUCGUGCUAUUUCUCCCAACUAUCGAGAUCACAUCCAAUUUUGAAGCUUAUUGAUAUUUAUGAUCGUCAGUCGUUUAUACGAGUAUACGUUUUGGAUAAUUUUUACGUGUGUAUCUUGAUGUAUAUUUUGUUCUACGUAGCACUAUGGUAUGCUAAUAACAUAAUAAAGCGAAUUGAAAGAUCAAAUCGAGAGAUGUCAACAACAGUUACAGAGAACAAGACGAAAUUAGACAGAUUGGUUUUAUUAAAAAACAAGAAGGCGGAAUUCGAGGACGCAAUCGUAAAAACGACAGAUGCGCAAAAAGUGACUACGAAACACUUAGAAGAUGAAAUGGACAGGCUUAGCACAGAGUUAAUUACAACAGCCAAUAAAAUUACUGGAUUGGAAAAAAUCGUUGAAAAAUACAAAUACCCGGACAAAUUACUUAACUCAACCAAUGCUAUCGGGAGUGAAUGUCCAAAAGAAUUCGAAGGAGUCACGAGUCCGUUCGAAAAGUUCAAGAUUCUCGAACCGUCAUUUCCACCAUCUGUACCACCGGAACCUCCGCCUCGGAAGUAUGGGAUCUUUGUCAGUAGACCGCCUGGGCGG